AUUAAGUUUCGCGUGAGGCUCAAUUUCUUUUAAUCUAUUUGACCCGGUAUUCCUGAACAAGCCUUCUUCGCUUGCAGUUAGCCCCAGGCUUGACGUUACCCCGGAUGCGGUUCCCGGGCUGAGAAUGAGGAAAAUGCUGUCUACGUAAACAUGAGAGUCUUGAGGCAAGCGCACAACGGAAUGUGAACCGACCUAUCUUUAUCACACCACUCGUACUUUCCAUCUACUUCCUGUGCGGAAGCAUCACGAUCUUUGACCGUGCCUUCUUAUAUAUGGCUGGCUUCGAGCGAUAUACCGACUGUCGACAACAGCAUCGCAUCUACGAACACUAUCUCUCAGACUCGCUGUAUACAUCAUGAAGUCAGCGGCUAUUAUUCUUGCGACGCUGUCCGCGACAGUGAUAUCCUCUCCUAUUCUGACCCCAGCGCCGGAACCCACGUGCAUGCUUGCGAUCCUAAAGCAGCCGUCUUUCGAGUCAGAUUGCACAUUCCAUGCGAAGACGCGGACGAAGACAGUGUAUACGGACUGCGGCGGGUGCGGGCUCGAGACGAAGAUGCUCGGGCUGGGACUGCCCUGCCGAACCCUGACUACAAUUCCUGGCGUUGCCUAUGAGACAGUCACGUCGUGCUGCUCCGAGAAGCCCGCGCCGACUCUACCUGGACACAAAGUCACCGCGAUCCCGACUCUGCCGGGCCAUAAAGUUACGGCGCUACCUACGCCAUCGUCGUAAUUGUUGAGGCAUCUGUUUUUUUGUACCCGAAGACUGUCUGCGAUGUCCCACGUGCAUAAGCAACAACAAGGAAAGGGUAUCGGGGCGAUUUUUUACGGAGUUUGCUCUGAUCAGCAGCGAGCAGCAGCGAGUAUGGGACUUUGUGCAUGAACUGGCGCUUGGCAUGUGCGUUUUUUGACUGUGUAUAAAAUGAGGGCAAAGGGAAAGUAUAUUCUUUGGUUCCUAGGUAAUCCUGGUCGUAGGCGUGAAUAUAAGAUUCGUAUGGAGAGCCUCAG